AAAAAAUAAAGGGAAAACAAUUGGAAAAUUUAAAAUGCCUCCACCUGUGAACCCAAAUAAAGUUUACCGACCCUUGGCAUAAUUACGCAUAAGGGUUAAAAGGGUGUGAACAACAGUGACCCAAAGAGAGAGAAAGAGCGUGAAAGUUAGACGGAGUGGGAGAGAGAGAGAGAGAGAGAGAGAGCAUCAAUUGCAGCAGCCCCAAAACAGUUAGCAGGUGGCGACUAUUGAUUAAACAGGGUGUGUUGCAGAGGGGGGAGGUUGGGCUGGCAACACACGUUUUGAUUACCGCGUGUAAACAGCAACAAGAAAAUCAACUAACAACUGGCAACAAGGGGCACGUUAUUGCAAGGACUCGUUGCAACGUUUAGUGCCUCGAACCAAGUCACAUGUCUGAGAAGCCAGCCAAGGAACCGAAAACCAUCGAAUCGUGCGGCAUUGAGACGUGCCCCCGUUCUAGGUGCAUGCCCCCCCACAAGAAAAAGUCCUCGGCCACACCCAUGAGCAUUCUGUGCGAACUGAUGCGACUGAAGGCGCAACAAAAGUAUCUCGAAUGCAAUCAAGUCAAGCUGAAUGCCAGCAAUUUUCUCGACGACAACGAGAACGACAACGACCUUGAUGGUGUGGGUGGUGUGGGGGGCGGCGAGGAUAUGGGGGGCACGGCCAGUCGACGGCCUUCGAGCGGCAACAAAGUCGCCGGCCGCCUCAUCAAUGACAUUGAUCGCCUCAAGCUGGAAUUGGACGAGAAACUGAGCAAGCAUCACGUGGAGAAACGUGGCCAAUUGCAGGACAUGUGGCACUACAUGAACACCCUCAAACAGGAUGUCUUUCGGCCGGAACGCCUCAGUCUGUACACGGUGAAUGCGGUGCGGGAACGCAUCAUCGCACUCAACGCUCAACUGGAGCGGCUGAGUGUUCAAAAUGCCAAGGAGCUGGACACGUUGCGGCAAGAGUACGAGAAAUUGGAGCAGGACAAUGGAUUCGUAUGGAAGGGCAGCAUUUAAGCCAAGGUUGCUUUAUAAAAAAACAUCCCCAGCAUUUAAGCAAUGAUUGCUUCAUACAAAAUAUCCCCAUCUCUCUCUCUCUCUCUCUCUCUCUGCACAAACGGAAUAAAGUCUGUCUUUAUUAAUUUGAUUUAUUUUGUUGGAUUUUAAUUGAUUGAACACUUUCGACUCGAAUUUAAUCAAAUCAUAAACACUGAAGCGUGAGUCAGCUUUGCAGCUAUCAAAGGAAUAGUCAAAUUUACAUACAAACAUCUGUGGUCAAAAUAAUAUGUUCAGAAAUAAUAAAAUAAAAUAAUUGUUGUGGAA